AUGGCGCACACCGCAUCUGCAGGUGGCCCGGCGUACGGUGGUAUGGGCAUGGGCAUGAGUAUCGGUUUGGGUGUUGGAAUGGCGCUGCCGUACACUAGCGGUGCGAGCUCGAGCUCGAGCUCGAGCUACGCUGUGCAUCCUUCGAGUUACGCUUCUGGGUCGGGGUCGGGGUCGAGUUCGAGUGGGAGCGCAAGCUCAAGUGGAAGCUCGAGUUCGCAGUAUAGCGGGAGCUACUCGUCAGCCUCUACAUCUACAUCUACAUCUACAUCCACCACCUCCGCCCCCGCCUCCUCAUCUUCCUCACACCCCGCCUCCGCGCAUACAUCAUGGCGCACCACCUCCGCCUCCACCUCAAAUACAGGUUCAGGUUCAGGUGCAGGUGCAGGUCCAGGGCUAGCGCCCAACCCGCCACUCCCGCUUACCCCGCCGAUGUCGACGAGCUUCGCGCACCGCGUGGCCGUGGCGUACCAUCCUUCGCACUCGCAUCCUUCAUCACAUACGUCUGGUCCUCAGCAGCAGCAGGCGUCUCAUAGUACCCUCCCCACAUAUUCACACCCACAUACGCAUACGCAUGCCCCUCCGCCUUCAACGACGACGACGACGACGACGACGUUACCGCCUAUAGCCCACCUCGAGCGGCACCUCCCUCCGCCGCCGCCGCCCCCUCCUACACACUCUACGUCUGCGUCUGCGUCUGGUGCCCCGCAUAUGCAGUCGUAUUCGCAGUAUCAUCAAAAUUAUCAGCCACAGCAGCAGGGUCAGCAGCAGCAGAGUCAGCUGCAGAAUUUACAGAAUCAACAACAACACCAGCAGCAGCCGCAACUGCAGCCGCACCAGAAUCAGCAGCAUAACCAACAACAACACCAGCAGAAUCAGCAACAGCAGCUACAACAACAGCACCAGCACCAGCACCAGCAGCAGCAGCAGACUCUGCAAAACCAGCAGAACCAGCAGAACCAGCAGAACCAGACGUAUGCGCCGAUGAAUGCGCCAACCCAGAGCCAGAGUCAGAGUCAGAGUCAGGGUUUGACGUACCCGAGCACCAGUUUACCACCUCUUACUCCGCCAGACGACGUACCCCAUGCGCACGCUGCGCGCUUGCCUGCGCCUGCGCCUGCACCGGCACCUGCGCCUUCUCAACAACCACCUUCCCGACAACCACAACCACAACAGCCAUCCCAACAAUCACAACCACAACAGCAACAGCGGAGCCAGCAGCAGCAGCAGCAAACUAGGUCGGCUAGGUCGGCUCAGCAGCAGGCGCAGUUACCGCGCGUCGCGUCGGGCGAAGGGGAUGUUUUUUAUUCGCAUUCGCAGGCGCAGGCUUCGAGUGGUGGGACGUACCAGCAGCAGAAUGCGGUGGUGUAUCAACAAUCGCAACACCAGCAGCACCAGCAGCAUGGGUAUCAUCAUCCCGCGCCGCAGCCUGGACCUGGACCUGGACCUGGACCUGGACCUGGACCUGGACCUGGACCUGUGGGUGAGAUACAGGCGCAGGCGCAUCAGCAUCAGCAUUAUCAGCAUCAACAACAAAAUAGCGCGCCGCCUCCGCCGCCGCCGCCGCCGCCCUCUCAGUCCACCCAACACCCUCAGCAGCAGCAGCAGCAGUUGCAACCCCAUCAUCAACCUCAACCCUCGCACCAACCGCCGUCAACUCAGCAGCAGCAGCCACAACCCCAACCCCAGCACCAACCCCAACAACAUCCGCAACAGUCCAUCCAGCCUCAGCCUCAGCCCUCGCACCAACCGCCGUCAGCUCAGCACCAGCAGCAGCAGCAGCCGGUGAUAAUCGACUGGCUGGACGCGUCGCGCACGCGCUCGGGGCGGUUUAUAGCUGAGAAGACGUGUGAGAUGAUAUGUUAUUUGUGGUUCGCUGCGCCGCCUCCUGUGCCUGUUGUGACUGCUGUAACUACAUCUGGGUCUGGUAUGAGCAAGAAGGUGGAGGAUAAGAGGGAGGCGGAGGUUUUGGGGGAGGAUAAGAGUGCGAGUGGGAGUGAGGGGAGUAGUGCGAGUGAGGAAGGGAUGGAUGUUGAUGAUGAUGAGGAGGAGGAGGGGGAUGUGGAUGGAGAGGAUGUGGAUGUGGAGGGAGAUAUGGAGGAUGGGGAUGUGGAUAUGGAUGGUAUGAGUGGAAGGAGAACGGGAAGUGGCAGAGGGAAAGGAAGAGGGAGGGGGAGGGGGAGGGGAAGAGGAAGAGGCAACGGUGUAGAGUCGCCUGCGACGUCCGUGUCGUCUGCGGCGUCGUCUUUGCCUAGUAUCAAACGCUCGUCGUUACACUCCGCCCACACCACCUCCUCAUCCACCCAACCCGCCCACAUCACCCCCGCCGCCGCCGCCGCCGCCCCCACCCAAGCCCACCCCCCCGCACCACCCGCACGCCCCCCAACAACAGCCCCUUCAACCCUGCAACUCGUCGCCACCCCCACCUUCAUCCAAUUCAUGCAAAAGCUGCUCGAAACAACGCAAGUCUCGCAGAGCGUCAUUGUGCUGAGUCUGCAUUAUAUUUAUAGGUUGAAGGAGAAGAACCGGUGGACGCCUGCGCAGAGGGGGAGUGAGUUUAGGAUUGCGGUUGCUGGGUUGAUGAUGGGGAAUAAGUUUUUGGAUGAUAACACCUACACCAACAAAACAUGGUCAGAGGUAUCAGGCAUCGAGCUGGACGAGAUCAACCGCAUGGAACGCGAAUUUCUCACUGGGGUGGAUUUUAACCUGUACGUGGAUAAAGCGACGUAUGAAGGGUGGUUGAAUCUUUUGAAAGGGCUGGUUUUGGCGAAGGAGAGAGAUUGUAGGAGGUGGGGGGCGGUUUCGGGGUCGGGUGGGGGGAGGAGAGGGGAGAGGGGGGAGAGAGGGAGGGGGGUGGGUGCGAGGUAUGGGUAUGCGCAUGCGCAUGGGGAGAGGGAGAGGGGGUAUGCGAGGGAGAGGGAGAGAGAGUAUGGAAGAGAGAGGGAGAGGGAGAGGGAGAGGGGGUAUGCGCGCGAGCCGGUGCGCGCGUAUACUUCUGCUGCGCUUGCGAGUGGUAGCGGUAGCAACAGCAACAGCAAUGCGAAUGCGAAUGCGAAUGCGGUGGUGGCGAAGCAUCCGCCGCCGCCGCCGCCGGGGCCGGCGCAGGGGUAUCAUUAUGCGCAAGAGUAUGGGUACGCGGCGGGUGUAGGUGCGAGUCAGGUGUCGAAUGCGAGCUAUGGCGCUGGGGCUGGGGUUUACUCCGCCAACGCCAACGCCAACGCCCAGUACACUAGCGCUGGUGGCAGCACCAGCAGCAGCAGCAGCAACUACUACAAAAUCCCUUAUAGCAACAACACCACCUCCUCCAACACCACCUCCUCCUCCACCAACACCGCCGCCAACAACAGCGCGAACGGGUGCACCGGAUACGGAUACGGAAACGGAAACGGAUACACGAACGGGGGACGACCGACGAUGCACCGCGCGCGCUCGAGCUCGCCUACGUUGCGCCGCGCUGUGCCUUCCUCCUCUUCUUUGUCUUCCUCUUCGUCGGGUGCGGGUUUGGGUUCAGGGUAUGCGCCGCCGGUGUUUGGACAGCCUGGUCCUGCGCCUGCGCCUGCUCCUGGUCCUGUGCAGACGACGACGAGUUCGGGUGUGGCCGCGUUCCAUAUCCCGCAUGUUCAACCCCAGCCUCAGACCCAGGCGCAAGCGUAUGCGGUGUAUCCUGGUACAACGACGACGUCCACAUCCACGACGGCGUCCAUGAUGAGCUCAGGAUCGCAUUCGGCGUACUCGUCGCCUUCGCCUGCGCCUCGGUCUUAUGUCUAUGGACAUCAUGGAUCAUAUGCGAGUGGGCUGACGAUUAAUACGAAUACGGCGUCGUUUGGUUCGUCUGCGUCGACGACGUCGUUGUCUGCAUUAUCUGCAACUGCAGCGCCGACAGUGAACGUUACAAAUGGCAAUGUAGUGAAUACGACGGCGACGGCGACGGCGUCAGGCGCAGCGAAACGCACGGCAGAAGCUGCGUUCUCGCCUACGAGCGCGGGGUUCGCGCAUGUUCCUUCUAAGAAGGUUGUUGGUGGUUCUGGUUCUGGUUCUGGUUCUGGUUCUGGUUCCCUACCCCACUCACACGGACAGGGAGUAAGCCCGCUUGAUGGGCUCGCGCUCUCGAGCUUUGAGAGGAUGUCGAUUGGGAGUGGGGGUGUGUCGCCUUUGAUGGGUCAGGUGCAUGGUUCUGUUCCUGUGCAGGGCAGUUCGCAAGUUAAGGGCCCGGCGGUGCGUCGUUCGCAGCAGGCGCAAGUACCUGUCAAUGUGAACGCGCUGCCGCAGCUCUCGACGGCGUAUUCGUAUAAUGUUGCGGAUGAUGAGCGCAGGGGGCGUGGGCAGCCGCUCUACUUCUACGCACUCGCAUGCUCGCCCGUUAAGCAGCAGGAGUACGAGUAUGGGUAUGCGAGCCAUGUGCAUUCGGCGUGUAAUUCUGCGGCGCCGUCGCCUACCCCUGCGUCUGCGUCUGCGGGGGCUGGGGAGGUGAGGCAGGAUAGUAUGCUUUCGGAGGAGCAGGAGCAGGCGUAUGCGGAUGCUGAGGAGAGGGAGCGUGAGAGGGAGCGUGAGAGGGAAAGGAUGAGAGAGAGGGAGUAUGAGAGGGAGUAUGAGAGGGAGAGAGAUUUGGAUAGAGAGCGUGAGCGCGAGGAGUAUGAGCAUGAGAGGGAGAGGGAGAGGGAGAGGGAGAGGGAGAGGCGCGCACGGGAGCGCGAGGAGGCUGCGCUGGAAGAAGCUGAAGCGCGUCGCGUGCAGUAUGCACAGGAGCAUAAUCAGUACGGGUCGCACUCUCACAGUCACAGCCACACCCCCACCCACGCCCACCACACACAUAACCACUCGCAUUCGCACUCGCACUCGCAUACGCACGGACACACACACGGACACGGACACACGCACGGACACGGACACUCGUACGCGCACACGCAGCGCAAGGCGCGUUUGCGGUAUCACCACCCGGCACCGUAUACCGCUGCGUAUUCGUGGGCUUCGUAUGCGGAUAUGAACGCGCCGCCGCCGCCGCCUGCGCCUGUGUAUGUUUCGUCGGCGGCGGUGUCGCCUGUUGGUGGGGUGCUUGUGCAUCAUCAUCAUCAGCAGCAGCAGCAUCAGCAAGGACAGCAGCAGCAGCAAGGACAAGCGGUGGGCCCGCUGCCGCAUUUCAGAGAUGAUGUGUGGGCGCGCCCGCCUGCGCCUGCGAGUUCUUAUGUGGACGUGGACGUGGAGGAGGAGAUGGAAGCUGAAGCUGAGUCGUUGCGCGGCGAUAACGAUAAUGAGAGCGAGAGCGAGGGCUCUUCCUCUUCUUCCUCUUCCUCUGACGAUGGCGAUCGGGAUGAGGAUGAGGAUGGCGAUGAGGGUGAGGACGAGGACGAGGAGAUGGAGUAUGAUGGAUCGCCCGUGACGAUUUUACGGCGGUUCCCUUCUUCCUCUGCCAAGGGCCAGACGCAGACGCAGUUGAUGAAAGCCAAGACCAAGACCAAGACAAAGACAAAGACGAAGACGCUCAACACGCAAGCGUCCGUAUCGUCCAUCUCGUCCACUGCGACUGUCACACCCGCCUCGGCGUCGGCGUCGGCGGGGAUGUAUAGACCGCGCACGCCUCCGCCUACAUCUUCGUUAUCCUCAAUAUCCUCAUCCUCCUCGUCCUCCUCAUCGUUGCCGCCCCCGCCCCCGCCGUCGUCGUCGUCAACAUCGUCGUCGUACCAUCGACACAGCCACAGCCACAGCCACAGCCACAGCUACGCGCAGCACGGCCACGUCGAAGCGGCGCCCUUUGCGAAUGCGGGUCCGCCUGGUGUGAAUGUUGCGUUUACGCCUGGUGGGGGGUGUGCGGUUUAUGCUGCCCCUCCACCGCCUCCUCUUCCUCUUCCUCAUCAUCAUCAUCAUCAUCAUUCGGUGGCUGCUGCGCAUGGUGGUGUUGGUGUUGGUGUUGGGCAUCCGAGUUCGAGUUCGGGUUUGACGGCGAACUAUGCUGCGAGCAGUAGUGGUAGUGGUGCUGGUGGUGGUGGUGGUGCUGGGUAUGCGCCUGCGAGCGGGACAGGGUCGGGAUAUGUGUAUGGUUCGACGUAUGCGUCUGGGUCUGGCGCUGGGUCUACGUACAACAACGCGUACAGCAGCAGCGGCACCGGCGGCGGCGGAGGAGGAGGAGGGUAUGGAUACGGGUACGGCUACGGCUACGGCUACGCAACGCCUCCAUCGACAUCAUCCGCACAUCCGUCCUCUGUGCCUGGGUCUGUGUCCGCGUCCGCAUCUAACAACACUCUAAGCUCCAGUGUGAGUGUGAGUGCGAAUUCGACGCCGUAUACCUGUCCAGGCUCGGGUGCGGGUGCGGGUACGGGGUAUUAUGGUACCACGCAGUCGCAGUCGCAGUAUUCGUCGCCUGUGUCGUAUAGUACGUUUAGUGGGGCGUCGCCUCCUGCGCCUGUUCGUGCGCCGCCUACGCCUGUUCGUGCGCCGCCUGCGCCUGCGCCUGUUCGUGCGCCGCCGCAUGCUUCGGAGCCGGAGGCGUAUGGGUAUCAGCAGGGGUAUUCGACUCAGACUCAGAGCCAGAGUCAGGGUCAGCAUGCGUAUGCUUCGCACUCGCACUCGCACUCGCAGUAUUCGUCGCAGUCGCAGUAUUCGUCGCCGCAGCGCGUUUAUGAUGUCAGAGUAUGA